CAUCUUUUCCUCGCCAUCCGCUGCGUGCACAAUUGGACACUUCUAUUCCCUCACGUCCACUGACCAACCGUUAACUAAACAUGGCAGAGUCAACCACGGGCCCCGGCGCACCGCCUCAUCCGCACCCGCAAGCCGGCGGCAGCGGCGCGCACGGCCCCGCCGCGCCCAAGGAAACGCGUCUGGCCAAUCUCAAGACCAACGCGGCUUACCUUGCCCUCGGGAACAAGGCGGCCACUAAACCCGGCAGCGUCGCUACGCGCUCGGUCCUAACGACGUUCCGCUAUGUCCUGCGAUACAUGAUCCGCCGCAUGUUCCGGGUGGCAAAGUACGCUGCGAUCGGCGCUGGCAUCGCGUUUGUCGGGACGGGUGUGCUCGGCGCUCUCGGGACUGGGAUUGCAUGGUUUGCCGCCCCGAGCAUGGGCAUGGGCGUGGGUAUGGGCAUUACAUGGGCGAUUAUCAAGUUUACAUGGCGACACCGGCCGGAGCGCUUCCGCGGGGGAUGGUGGAGCGAGAUGGCUGAGCGAGCGUUCGAAGGCCGCGAUCCCGCCAAGGACGAGCAGGCGGACAACGAUGCUGCCGACGCCGCUGUGCAGCUAAAGAUGGAGAACCGGCGGAUACGACAGGACGUGUGGGCGCGCGCCGAGGCGCCAGUGUAGGGAAGCGAGCACGAUUGCAUACGAAGCAUGAGUUAGCGGGGGUGACGACGCGACCGACGGAGGCUGGCGCUAUGCAACGUCCACAUGCAGCACUUAUGGA